GGAAAUUAUGUACUUUGAGACAAUUGUCAGUUUUCACCAUGACACUAGAAAUUACGUACAGCAUGGAAGCUUUCUUUGUCAAAUGUUUACAUUGAUUAGUACUUUUACACUCUUCUCUGACAGGGGUCUGAAGCGUCUCAACUUUAUUUACCAGUUUCCAAUUUAUUUACAAUAUUGUGUACUUUAAAAAAAUGUAUCUUAAACCACCUAAGGUAUUAUCAUCAUUGCUUAAUAAGAGAAUGCUUCUGGUUUGCCCAGUACACUGGAUUUCAAAUUGAAGUGUGUGUACUCACAGGGUGUAUAAAAACGUUUGAAGAGGUUCCUGAGCGCACACGGUUUAAAGGAAAACAGUGCCCAGCACCUCUCCUCCCAUACGGUCCCUUUUGUAUAAUUGAGCUGCCUGAGAGUCUCCUGCUCCGGAGGCCUGCUGCUGGGAUGGAUCUCGUUUCCCUCAUCCCCUCUGACAGUCACCCCACUUCAACUUCACGGAAUAAAGGAAUACCCCCGCCACAGUCAGAAGCUUAGGCUUUGUGGGCAGAGGAAUAAAGUCUACUGGGGCAGCAGUCUUCUGGGGACGCUCAGCGGUGCUGUGGACACUGGGUUAAGGGCAGCGCCCAGGAGCAGCGUUAGCGUCUGGGCCCAGAGGAAAUGUACCCUCAGCUUGAAUUUUCUCCUCAACCCACAGGUCCCGACUCCCCAGGAGCAAAAGAAUCAGUAGAAGGAGGAAGAAGUUACAGGAUUUGGUAUCAGCAUUACUGGGGACACGCUUGAUUGAAGACAGAACAGCAUUUAGAGCAGAUCCAGAAGACACAGCGACAGAGCUGCCUUGUUGCCAGCUGUUUUCAGAGAACGGAAGAAAAUGAUCCAGGCCCAGGAAACCCUGACAUUCGAGGAUGUGGCCGUGGACUUCACGUGGGAGGAGUGGCAGCUCCUGGCCCCUCCUCAGAAGGACCUGUACCGGGACGUGAUGCUGGAGAACUAUAGCAACCUGCUGUCCGUGGGUUUUCAAGCCAGCAAACCAAGUGUACUGUCCAAGUUGGGUCAAGGAGAACCAUGGACGAUGGAAGAUGAAAUCCACUGUCAAACCCAUUCAGAAAUCUGGAAAGUUGAUGAUCACCUGCUAGAGCGCUUACAAAAUGAGAGCAUGGAGAAGAGACUAGAACAAUGGCAUGAACAGAACCCACUGGAAUAUUUUGUUAAUCAGAGCAGAACUCAUUUUCUGUUCAGGCAAAAUCAAGAUAUGUUUGACUUACGUGGAAAAAGUAUGAAAUCAGAUUUAACUUUACUUCCCCAGAGCAGGAGCUAUGAAAUAAAGAGCCCUGGUGAGUUUACUGGCGAUGGGAAAUCCUGUCUCCAUGCUGACAAUGAACAAUUUCAUACUGAAAUUAAAUUCCUCGAAAGCCAAAAACCCAUGAGGUCUAAGUCCCAAUUCAACAAGCAUCAGAAAACCCCAAAAAUAGAGAAGCCUCAUGUAUGUGGUGAAUGUGGGAAAGCUUUCAUCAAAAAGUCUUGGCUCACUGAUCACCAGAUAAUUCAUACAGGAGAGAAGCCCCAUCGAUGUAACAUGUGUGGGAAAGCAUUCUCUAGAAAGUUCAUGCUCACUGAACAUCAGAGAACACAUACAGGAGAGAAACCUUAUGAAUGUACUGAAUGUGGCAAAGCCUUUCUCAAGAAAUCACGGCUCAAUAUACAUCAGAAAACCCAUACUGGAGAGAAACCAUAUAUAUGCAGUGACUGUGGAAAAGGCUUCAUUCAGAAGGGAAAUCUCAUUGUACAUCAGCGAAUUCACACAGGCGAGAAACCUUACAUAUGCAAUGAAUGUGGAAAAGGCUUCAUCCAGAAGACUUGCCUCAUUGCACAUCAGAGAUUUCACACAGGAAAGACUCCUUUUGUGUGCAAUGAAUGUGGAAAAUCCUGUUCCCAGAAGUCAGGUCUCAUUAAACAUCAAAGAAUUCACACAGGAGAGAAACCCUUUGAAUGCAGUGAAUGUGGGAAAGCCUUCACUACAAAGCAAAAGCUCAUUGUGCAUCAAAGAACUCAUACGGGAGAGAGACCCUAUAUCUGCCAUGAGUGUGGGAAAGCUUUUGCCUACAUGUCUUGCCUUGUUAAACAUAAGAUAAUACAUACAAGAGAGAAACGUGGAGAUUCAGCCAAGGUGGAAAAUCAUCCCUCAGAGAGUCUCAGUUCCUCACAGACUAGUGAUGUUAUGCAGGAGAAAACCCCUGUAAAUUCAGUUACUAUGCAGGUGCCUUCAGUGGCCCCUCAGACAUCAGUAAACAUAAGUGAACUCCUAGCAAAUAGGAAUGUAGUCAUAGUGGGACAACCUGUGGCCAGAUGUGCACCCACAGGAGAUAACAGAGGUUUUGCACAGGAGAGAACCCUUAUGAAUGCAUUGAAUGUAGUUGUGCCUUCAGUGGUCAAUUACAUCUUAUUUUAUGUCACAGAAAACCAUUAGGAAAAAAACCUCAAGAGACAUACUAUGUGAAAAAGAUAUAAAUUAUUGAGCAAAAAUUUCUAGCUUAUAUGGUGGCUGAAAAAGUAUAUACUGAGAGAAAUUGUAUAAAUGCUGAGACUGGGAACACAUGAUGUACUCAUCCGAUUAGAUACAUGCAUUGAUACAGAGGCAUAAUCUGAUGUUAACCCAAACAUAUACACAUCAAUUGCUCUGUUGUGUCAGUCGAAUGAAUGAAGGAAGCCUGAGUUCAACUAAGUGGAGAAAAUAAGUAGUUGAAGUUUUUAAACAUAUAAUUUGUAUGUGGAAGGUUGCUAUGAACAAAAAACCACAACAGAGCUAAUAUUGGAUUGGUGGGAUAUUGGGCGUGUAUAUAUCAAUUCAGUUUCUGGAAGGCCAAGGUGAAGCAUUAAUUGAAAACUGGGAUGUCUAUCUUAAACGCUGAGAAAUUUACAUUAUGCAAAUAGACUUAG